AUGAGAAAACCAACUGAACUUUCCAUUUAUUUUUUAUGUCAAGCAUUGUCUAUCGAGACGUUUUACAGCUGCUAUGGUGCUCAAUGUAGUUUUUCGAUGAACAGUUUUUUCUCCUCUGGUGGAAGAGAGAAAAAGGCGGAACCCAAAUCCCCUGUCGAUGACCAGUCUCACAUACCAUGGGUGGAAAAAUACCGUCCAAAAAACGUGGAUGACUUGGUCUAUCAAAAUGAGGUGGUUGCUGUUUUUAAGAAAGUAUUGGGAGGAUCCGACUUGCCAAAUAUGCUUUUGUAUGGCCCACCAGGUACUGGAAAGACUUCGGCAGCCAUUGCUUUCUGUCGACAGCUGUUUCCAUCACAAGAACUCUUUCGCGAUCGUGUUUUGGAGCUGAACGCUUCGGAUGAGCGAGGCAUUCAAGUAGUGCGAACUAGGAUCAAAGAUUUUGCUCAUCGAGCUGUCUCCAAAGCCCGGUCGCCAUUCAAGAUUGUUAUUCUUGAUGAAGCAGAUGCCAUGACCAGUGCUGCGCAGGCAGCCAUGCGUAGGAUCAUCGAAAAAUAUUCCAAAACCACAAGGUUCUUUCUUAUCUGCAAUUAUAUUUCUCGUAUUAUUGACCCACUCACUUCACGAUGUGCAAAAUUCCGCUUCAAACCGCUUCCCACACAGUGUCAGCUUGAAAGACUCCUACACAUUUGCAAAUGCGAGAAUAUGAACAUCAGCGAAGAUGCUUUGACAACUCUGAUUGUGUUGUCCGAAGGAGAUCUCCGUCGAUCAGUUAUGUAUCUGCAAAGUCUUUCUUGCCGCGAGCAUGUCACAAGUGACUUCAUUUUCGCUAUGACGGGACAAAUCGAUGAAAAAGUUGUAAGAGAACUGAUUCUUGCAUGCCACUCCCCCAAUACUGAUCGUAUUCUCGACUCUGUUGAAUCAAUAUGUAGAGCAGGUUAUGCUAGUCGUCCUCUGAUUGAUCUUUUAUACGAACAGUUACUGGACGAUGAUACGCUAAAAGAUAUACAGAAGUGUGCUAUUUUUGAGAAAAUGGCAGUGAUCGAGGCGCGCCUAUUGGAUGGAGCAGAUGAGUACGUACAAAUGAUGGAUCUACUGUUUUGCAUUCAAUCGCAGUUCUGCAAUAAAUGA